AUGUCCCGGUUCGUCUCGGCCGGGGCGAUCGACGCCGCAACGGGCGAGGCGAUGGGCGCCGACGAGCAGCAGCAAGGCGGGGAGGCGGGCAGCAGCCGGAAGCAGGAGUGGUCUGCCGUCAGCCGGGAGCUGGACGAGCAGAGGAAGCGGAGGGAGGAGGAGGCGAGACGGAACGCCGAGGAGGGUGGGGAGCCGAGUCUAUUUGCCAUCUUGCAGGCGAACAAGGCGGCGAAGCAGGCUGCGUUUGAAGAGGCAAACAAGAUCAAAAACCAGUUCCGUGCGCUGGACGAGGAUGAGAUUGAGUUCUUGGACGAGGUGGCGGCGGCCAAGCGGGCCGAGGAGGAGCGGACGAGGAAGGAGGUCGAGGACGGGCUGGGCAGGUUCAGGGAGCUGCAGCAGCUCAAGGGCAAGGAUGGCGACGGUGGCGACGACGCCGGCGAGGCCGGCGGCGAUGGGGAUAAAGAGGAUUGGAGCUUCGGGACGGGAGCUGGCGCUAGAAAGCGGAGGAGGAAGGACGACGGUGGCGGCUUGAGGGGUCUGAAGGGCGUUGUCAGGCGCAAGACGGAGCAGGGUGGGGAGAAGAAGGACUCGGGAGCCGAUGAGGUCGCGUCGGGGAAGGCAGAGCGUGUUGAUGGUCCGGUGAAGAGCGAAGAGAAGCCGGCUGCUGCUGAGAAGACAGCUCCCCCGGUCCCGGUGGAGGCUCCCAUUGCAAGUUCACAACCCAAACCGAGUUUGAGCUUAGUGGCUUACGGUUCAGAUGACGAUUCGGAUUAG